GGAGAAAAUUUUUCGAAGGUUUCCACAAGGAAGAAGCACAUAGUAGCUAGAAAAGUUUCUAAAAUACUCCAAUAGCUCCAUCAGAAAAAAAAGGGGGAGAUAGAAUGCAAUCCACAAGGCCAGGAGUGGCAAAAUUGGCUCAGUCUGCUAGGAUUUUGAAAGAAUUCGUACACCCCUUUUUGCAAAAUUGGCAGCCGGGGAUGAAGACGAGUUUGGAUUACAAUAGGAAGGUAUUACCAAGGACUUCGGGUGUAGGAGCAAAAAAACAAUCUCGUUUUGAAAUCCUGCAGAUUACAGCCAGCGGAGCGAAGAUUUGUGUGUGUGUGUGUGUGUCCUCUAUUCGCGUCCUUUCGGUUUCUUAUUUUUCAAAGGCUGUCACAAUCGCAUCACCAACAUUGUUGAAUCCCAAGUCCUAAGUCCUAACUCAUCCAUCCUUGCUUAGCCACAGCAAGAGCACUGCAGCUGGAGGUGGAAGAAGGCGAGGCCAGCAGCAAGACGAAGGCGGUGAUGCAGCCAAGAUUCGGGCACCUCUCUCUCCUCUUUCUGUUCCUCGCAGCCUCGCCCUGUUCCCCGCAGGAGCAAGAACACAACGUCGCCGGCGCCGCCCUCCGCGAGAGCUUCCUCCGGUGCGUCGCCGGCGUCUCGCCGGCCACCGCCGACCCGUCCCGGAUCGUCCACGCGCCGUCGGAUCCCUCCUACCCUUCCCUCCUGAACGCCACCAUCCAGAACCUCCGCUUCGCCUCGCCGCGGACGCCGCGCCCGGCGCUGCUCCUCACGCCGGCGACCGUCGCCGAGGCGCGGGCCUGCGUCGCCUGCUGCCGGCGCCACGGGCUCACGGUCCGCGCCCGCAGCGGUGGCCACGACUACGAGGGCCUCUCCUACCGAUCAGUCGGCCCCCGCGCCGCCGGGGCCCGCCCCUUCGCGGUCGUCGAUGUCGCCGCGCUCCGCGACGUGCGCGUGGACGCGGCGCGGCGCGAGGCGCGGGUCGGCCCCGGCGCCACGCUCGGCGAGCUCUAUUACGCCGUGGCCCGCGAGAGCCGGGGGGCGCUCGGGUUCCCCGCCGGGAUCUGCCCCACGGUCUGCGUCGGGGGCCACCUCAGCGGCGGCGGGUUCGGGCCCAUGAUGCGGAAGCACGGCCUCGCCGCCGACAACGUGGUGGGCGCCGAGGUGGUGGACGCGGAGGGGAGGCUCCUGGACCGGGACGCCAUGGGCGAGGGCCUCUUCUGGGCGCUCCGCGGCGGCGGCGGCGGCAGCUUCGGCGUCGUGGUCUCGUGGACGGUGCGGCUGGUGCCCGUGCCGCGCGUCGUGUCCGCCUUCACCGCCCGCCGCGUCGUCCGGCGCGGAGACCAGCAGCGGACCCAAUCAACCCUCCGCCUCCUGACGAAAUGGCAGCGCGUGGCGCACGCGCUCCCCGACGACCUGUUCGUCAAGGUGGCCAUGGAACCCGAGCUCGACGCCGCCGGCGAGAGGCACCCGCUGGUGGUCUUCAAGUCGCUGUUCCUUGGCAACUGCAGCGGCAUGGUCGCCGAGAUGAGCACCCAUCUGCCGGAGCUCGGCGUGAAGCCCGGCGACUGCAGAGACAUGAGCUGGAUCCAAUCCAUGCUCUACUUCUACGGCUACACCAAUGGCGGCCAGCCCGCCGAGGUGCUGCUCGACCGGAGCCUGCAGCCCAAGGACUACUACAAGAUCAAGCUGGACUACCUGACCUCCCCGAUCCCGGCCGCCGGCCUGGCCGGGCUCCUCGACCGGGUCGUCGAGGACAGGGGCGGGUCCAUCGACAUCGACCCGCAGGGCGGCGCGAUGGGCGCGACGCCGGAGUCCGCCACGCCGUACGCGCACCGGCGAGGGUACCUGUACAACGUGCAGUACUUCGUCAAGUGGGGCGGCGACGCGAACGUGUCGCGCGAGGACGGGCACCUGGGGUGGGUGCGAGGCGUGCACGGGUUCAUGGCCCCGUACGCGAGCUCGAGGCCCCGGGCGGCGUACAUCAACUUCAGGGACCUGGACCUGGGGCGCAACGUGGAGGGGGAGACGACCUACGAGGCGGCCAGGGAGUGGGGGGAGAUGUACUUCAGGGGCAACUUCAGGAGGCUGGCCAUGGUGAAGGCCGAGGUGGAUCCCGAGCAGGUGUUCUGGAGCGAGCAGAGCAUCCCUCCCCUGCUUGUGGCAGAUGUUGCAGGGGACAGGCAGAGACAGAGUGAGUGAGACAGGGUUGGUUUGAUGGUGUAAAAUUUUGGUGCAAAAUGUCACAUCAGAUAUAUUCCAACAAAUAUUUAAAA